CUGCUUCAAGGUGCCACCCAGUCCCAUCAUCAAGAACAUGACGGAGUCCUCUUCAUUUGACGCACUGUGCCAGCAGCGGGUGCCCGUCGGCUACCAGGACUACUACUAUGCGCAGAACAUGAGCAACGCCAUCCGCUGCGUCACCAACUGCACGGCCAACACACCCGGCACCAUCGACUGCCACCAUGGCGAGUGCCGCGUCACCCGCGCCGGGCCACAGUGCUUCUGCCGGGAUGAAUCGCUCUACUGGUACACGGGCACCCGGUGCUCCAGGCGCGUCAGCAAGGUGGCCACCGGGUUGGGGGUGGUUGUCACGGUGCUGCUCGUCGCCUGCAUCACCCUUGCUGUGCUGCUGGUGAUACGGAAGAAGGGCAGGAAGAGGAACACUUCGGCCACCGUUGAGGAGAGCUGGUAUGAGAACGAUGGCAGCACCUGGACGGCAUCCGACGGCUUCGUCCUCAGCAACAGCAACACCACCGACCCAGAUGCAGAUCGCCAGACCCUCGCUGCGACCCCAGUUGUGACCCAGGACCUCCAGGACCUUCUCAACGAUGCUGAUUCCAAGGACUAUGUUGACUCCUGCUCACCUCAGUGCCCACUAGCACUUCCAGGACCCUCUCAACGACGCUGAUUCCAAGAUCAUCGUUGGCUCCUCCUUACCUCAUCGGCCACCAGCUCUUCCAGGACCUUCUCAACAACACUGAUUCCAAGGAAAACGUUGCCUCCUGCUGACCUUGGUGCCCACCAGAACUUCCAGUACCUUCUCAACGACGUUGCUUCCAAGGUCAUUGUUGGCUCCUGCUCACCACGGUGCCCACGGGAGUAAU